CAUGGGUGCAGGUAAAUUUUUCUUAUAUGCGUGGCCAUUUUAACUGAUUUCGUGUUACCGCAGAGGUUUGUGAUUUUUGCAUACCUAAAUUGUAAUGCGAGUAAUCCUCAAAAAUAGUUGGGAUAAUAAUCGUUAAGUUGAACUUCACUUCAGUUUGUUUUAAACACUGCUUUUGAGAAGUUUGUCAUAGAAAAAAGCAUUGAAAUAUAGAACGGUUGGCAGAAGUGGCAAGGAAAAACGUGAUUUUGUUGAGGUGAAUGUAGAGAACGCUUAGAAAUUGUGGAACGUUAGGAAAGAGUAACCAGACCUCCCGAAAGCAUACAAGUUAAUAAUCUUUGCGAUCAAACAAAGAGAAGUAAAAAACGUGUACGGUUCCAAAUUCGUGUGCGUGUGUGUGCUUUGUGAUAAACGUGGAGGAGGAGAAAAGGUGUCGCCAACAAAAUAAAAAAUACACUGUCUUCGUCAUCGAACGAAACAAAUAUACUAGUGUAGAUUAACUAAUUCUGGACGAUUGUGAGAAAAUAACCAAAAAACACAGUAAAUAGCAAAUAUGGCUCAAGACAAUACGGAGAUGGCAACCAAAUUUUCUACACUGAAUGUGAAUGCUGUUGAAUUUGUUCCAAGUUUUGGUUAUAGUAGCGUUGCAGCUAGUGCGGCAGCAGCGGCGGCAGCUGCAGUAACUACAGCCGGUAACACACCGAACGUUGUCCCUAUGGAAGCAUCAUCUCUGCCGGCGUCAGGUAGUGCCACUCCCGCCACAACCCCAGAUUCUGCAGGUUCGGGUGGCUCUACAAAUGGAUUAAAUGCCACUGCCGCGGCCGUUACCUUACAAGCGGUUCCGCCUGGAACAGCAGGUGAAACCCCUGCUGAUUCGCCAAUGCAAACUUCGCCUGUUACAACGCCUUCAGGGGCAGCGCCCAUUGAAAAUAUCAACACCGCAGACAAAAUUGCUGCCAACAAUGAAAAUGACCCAGCCGAUAGUUGGGACGUUGAGGAUGAUCCUGUCAUAACCCCGGAAGAUGAGGAACCUGACGACGCUAUUGAGGAUGUUGAAAAUGAUAUUACGCCCAAACUUUCGAAAAAGAAACCUGUAAAGGUUGAAGAAUCCCGUAGUAAAAAAGAACAUGUUAAUGUUGUUUUCAUAGGACAUGUUGAUGCUGGUAAAUCAACAAUCGGUGGUCAAAUCAUGUACCUCACGGGUAUGGUUGACAAGCGUACACUCGAGAAAUACGAGCGUGAAGCGCGUGAAAAGUCGCGCGAAAGCUGGUAUCUUUCGUGGGCUUUGGAUACAAAUCAGGAAGAACGUGACAAGGGAAAAACUGUAGAAGUCGGCAGAGCCUUCUUCGAGACAGAGCGCAAACAUUUCACUAUUUUAGAUGCACCAGGUCACAAGAGUUUUGUACCCAAUAUGAUUGGUGGCGCUGCUCAAGCUGAUCUGGCUGUAUUGGUCAUCUCAGCACGAAAAGGUGAAUUCGAAACUGGUUUUGAUCGUGGUGGACAAACACGUGAACACGCUAUGUUGGCCAAGACCGCCGGUGUUAAGCAUUUAGUGGUUUUGGUUAAUAAAAUGGAUGAUCCGACUGUUAAUUGGGAUGAAGUACGUUACAACGAAUGUAGGGACAAAAUUCUACCAUACCUCAAAAAAUUGGGUUUCAACCCGUCAAAGGAUUUAACCUUUAUGCCUUGCUCUGGUUUGGGCGGAGCUGGUUUACGUGAUCCCGUACCAGCCGACAUUUGCCCAUGGUACAGAGGGCCGGCAUUCAUACCAUUCAUUGAUCAGUUGCCUUCGCAAAAUCGUAACGCUGAUGGCCCAUUCAUAAUGCCUAUUGUUGACAAAUACAAAGACAUGGGCACAGUAGUGAUGGGUAAAGUAGAAUCAGGUACUGCGCGAAAGGGACAAAAUCUAUUGGUAAUGCCAAACCGAACACAAGUGUCAGUGGAUCAACUAUUCUCUGAUGACGAUGAAGUUACUUCUGUGGGUCCUGGCGAGAAUAUCAAGGUCAAACUGAAGGGUAUCGAAGAGGAGGAUGUUUCACCUGGCUUCGUGCUAUGCGAUGCUACCAACCCAAUUAAAACUGGCAAAGUUUUCGAUGCGCAAGUCGUUAUUUUGGAGCACAAAUCCAUUAUUUGCGCUGGCUAUUCGGCGGUUAUGCAUAUUCACUGUGCGGCUGAGGAGAUUACAGUGAAAGCCUUAAUUUGUUUGGUUGACAAAAAGACCGGAGAAAAAUCAAAAACACGUCCAAGAUUUGUUAAACAAGAUCAAGUGGCAAUUAUGCGUAUUGAAUGUUCCGGAAUGAUUUGCCUUGAACAAUUUAAACUAUUCCCACAAAUGGGUAGAUUUACACUACGCGAUGAAAACAAAACUAUUGCUAUUGGCAAGGUAUUGAAGGUGAUCGAAUAAAUUGAGCACAGCUAAAAUUCAUCUAAACGCCUUGCUUCUAUAUAAGAAACAAAAUUAAACAUACUUGAGCAGGAUCGGACUCGUUAAACGUAAAUCAUUAACGCCAUUUCACAUAAAACUAAAACUUACACAGAAGUUGGGGCUGAAUAUGAAGAGUGAAUUAUAACAAAUUCAAAUACACAAACCUUAUUAUAAACAUUAUAAAAAAAAAACGAACGAAAACAAGAAUACAUGAAAAGUAAACGUAAAUAUAUAAUUAUAUUAUUGCUAUAAUUAAAUAUGAGAAAACUUAUAUAUAUAAUUAUUGAUUUCAUUUUUUUUUUCGGUUGAAAGUUGAACCACAAAUUCAGUGCAACCGUAAAUGUUAAGUAAAACCACAUGCAAAGGAAAUUAAAAAAAAAAACAAAAACAAAAACAAAAAAAGUAAAGAAAACUGCUGCUAAAAGUAAGCAUUAAGUAAUUUUGAAAUGAUUUUUUUAUAUAUACAUACAUAUAAAUCGAUAGCAUUUUAAAAACGAGAUAUUAAAGCAAAACUAAAUUAAUUUAGGGCAGUUCCAUACGGUAAAACGGUAAAACAAAAAUUACCCAGCUAACAAACAUAUGUAUUGCAGUGCGCUAAUCGAAACCAAACUAGACCACAUAAACGAAACAACCAUACAAUGAUCCACGUUCCACACGUAAUAUCAACAGUGAAUAUAUGAUAUUUUAGCAAUAUUUAUAGAAAGUAUCGCCGGCUAUGUACCAUAAAUAUACCGCAAUGCCAUUGGUAACAACACGCUGACGUCGACUAGUCUGGCAAGGCGGUAGAUGGGUAAAAAUCUUACAUAAAUACAUAUAUACAUAUGUAUACACACAAAGUUACCUAACUUUAAAAUAAAUGCUAUAAGGUAUUUUCUACUCAAAUGUUGCCUCGUUAUUUCAACAAAUGAACUAUAUUAGUAGAUUUACGAAAAGUGUUUGAUUUUUCAUUUUCUUUUGUGCUCACAGAAAGACAUUUUUUUUUUUAAUUUUGCGGCAUGUAGGCAACAUAAGACUGCGUGUUAAUCAAAAUAUUGUGCGUUUUUUAAAUAAUGAAUAUGUUUUAGACUGCUUUUUAAAAUAAUGCAUAAUCAGCAAAUAAAAAAAAUAUAUAUUUUAACCAACACAAGCAUUAUAUACUUAGUUCUUAGUGGAUAUCAACUACAUUGGAAUAUAUUGGAAUUUCCUUGUGUAGUGCUUGCAUACAAAAUAUACUUUUCAGCGAAUUUUACUUUUUAUUUUAAAUGAAAAAUUUAUGAAAUCUAUUUUGUUAUUUUUUUCGUUUGGUGAAACCAUGAAAUCAAAUUUCGAUCGCGCAUUAUACAUAUUUCUUUCAAAUUAACAGUUAAAAACAUAUUCAAACAAACGAACAUCAUUUACAACAACUAAACACUAAAGUGAAUAGCAAUUAGCAAUAUUUUUUGUUUUUAUUGUAUUGCAUUGGAAUUUAUUUUACUUUUAUUUUAAAUUAAUUUGUAUUUUUUAAAAAUGUAUAAUUGAAAUAUGUUCUUUAUUAAUGUAGCUAUAUGCGAAUUUCGACUACAUUUUUAAAGUAACAAAUUAACAAAAGAAAAAACAUGUUUAUUCAAAUGAAGAACGACAUAAAUUGCUUUAAAACAUUGUAAACUUGUAAACUGAAACGAAAUACUGCAUACACAUUUUUCUCUUAUUUAAUGAAGAAACAAAAAAAAAAUUAAAAACAUGAACACUACAGCUAAAAGAGAUGACAGACAUACGCAUAUAAAAUGUCGGUGAAAUGUCAAUAAAGCGGAAACAUGCUAAACACAAAA